ACUGCACUGCGCAAAGCUAGACUGAGUGCCCUGCAAGGCAGCAUGCAGACAGAAGGAAGCAGGCAGGCUGUGGAAACGGACACCAUGGAAAGAAGCCAGAUGAAAUAAGGGCAAAGACAGCUGUAUAACAUGCAGAAAGAAACCAACCAGAAUGAAAAGCCGUGAUUCAUGGAGCACUGCAACUCAGGCACUCCUUGGAUUUCACUUGGAGAGCUGAGUCUGGAUGGGGGUCAGUGAGGGCUGGCACCAAGAUGAAGGGCAGCCAGGCUCCUCCUCCCUGGAGAUGUGGUGCUCCAAUCCCUCCCCUCAAUCCUUUUCUACCCACUCGAUCCCCACGACUCCCUCACUGACCAGUGUCCUGGGCCUUUAAGAGUUGGGUGGGCUGGACUGAAGAUAGCUCACACUUCCCCCCACCCCACUCCUUCCUUCUGGCUGUACCUCUGCCAGUCACAGCAGCAAACUGCAGUAGAGGAGGGGAGAAAGCCAGCGAGUGCAAGAGGAGCAGAGGAGAAAAGGAGCCGGCUGGGUUUCCUCAUCCCACAGUGGAGAGCAAGCGCUGCAGAGCUCACAGACGCAGGACUGCUCUCCUGCACACGGUGACUCUGGCGCCAGCUGGUGGAGCAGUGGGUGAUGGCAUCCCUGCUGCAAGGCCGGCUACCCAGCAGUCAAGAAGUGCUGCUGAUGCAGAAAGGUAUGAUGAUGCGCAAGGUGAGAACCAAAAACUGGAAGAGGCUAAGAUACUUCAAACUUCAGGAAGAUGGCAUGACUGUCUGGCAUGCCCGGCAGGUCGGAGGCAGAGCCAAGGCCACCUUCUCGAUCUCUGACGUGGAGACAGUGCGUAAAGGCCACGAAUCUGAGUUGUUGCGCAGCCUGGAAGAGGAGUUCAACCUGGAGCAGGGUUUUACCAUUGUCUUCCAUGGCCGCCGCCCCAACUUGGACCUGGUGGCCAACAGUGUGGAAGAGGCCCAGAUCUGGAUAAAGGGGCUCCAGCUAUUGGUGGACUUCGUCACCAACAUGGACCAAAAGGAGAGGCUGGACCAAUGGCUGAGUGACUGGUUCCAGCGCGGAGACAAAAACCAGGAUGGUCGGAUGAGUUUCCACGAAGUCCAGCGGUUACUACUCCUGAUGAAUGUGGAAAUGGAAGAAGAACAUGCCUUUCAGCUUUUCCAGGCAGCAGACACGUCCCAAUCUGACACUCUGGAAGGAGAAGAAUUUAUAGAGUUCUAUAAGGCAUUGACUAAGCGUAUUGAGGUGCAGGAACUGUUUGGAAACUUUUCGGCUGAUGGGCAGAAGCUGACCCUAUUGGAAUUUGUGGAUUUUCUUCAAGAGGAGCAGAAAGAAGGAGAGCAUGCUUCUGACCUUGCUCUGGCACUCAUUGAUCGUUAUGAGCCUUCAGAAAGUGGCAAGCUGCGGCAUGUGCUGAGCAUGGAUGGCUUCCUCAGUUACCUCUACUCGAAGGACGGAGACAUCUUCAAUCCAUCCUGCCUCCCCGUCUACCAGGAUAUGACUCAACCCCUGAACCACUACUACAUCAACACCUCUCACAACACCUACCUGGUGGGGGACCAGCUUUGUGGCCGGAGCAGCGUCGAGGGAUAUAUACGGGCCCUGAAGCGAGGGUGCCGCUGUGUGGAGGUGGAUGUAUGGGAUGGACCUAAUGGGGAGCCUGUUGUUUACCAUGGACACACCCUGACCUCCCGUAUCCUGUUCAAAGAAGUCGUGGCCACUUUAAAAAAGUAUGCCUUCCAGACAUCAGACUAUCCAGUCAUCUUGUCCCUGGAGAACCACUGCACCUGGGAACAGCAGGGGAUCAUAGCACAGCAUCUGACCGAGAUCCUGGGGGAACAGCUGCUGAGCACCACCUUGGAUGGGCACCUGCCCACUCAGCUGCCCUCACCUGAGGAGCUUCGGAAGAAGAUUCUGGUGAAGGGGAAGAAGUUACAAACGCUUGAGGAGGAUCUUGAAGAAGAGGAAGAGACCGAGUCUGAAGUAGAAGGGGAGGAGGAGCCUGAGCUGGAAUCCCAGUUUGAGUCUGAGAUCCAGGAGCUGAGCCCUCGCAGCAAAGACAAAAAUGAGAAGGUUGUGAUGUGCCCGCUGCUUUGUUCAUCUAUCUGUUGUCAGAUUUUGGUCCAGGCUCCUCUUCCCAAGCCUGGGUUCCCUCUCUUUUUCAAGCAGAAAUCCAAGGCCAUCUUGUGUCCAUCCCUCUCUGCCCUGGUUGUCUAUACAAAGACUGUUUCAUUCUACAACUUCACUCAUUCGAGGGAGCACUACCGCUUUUAUGAGUUAUCCUCUUUCUCUGAAACAAAGGCCAAGAACCUCAUCAAGGAGACUGGCAACGAGUUUGUGCUGCAUAACGCCUGGCAGUUGAGCCGUGUGUAUCCCAGUGGUCUGAGGACAGAUUCAUCCAACUACAACCCCCAGGAAUUCUGGAAUGCAGGCUGCCAGAUGGUGGCUAUGAAUGUGCAGACUGCGGGGCUUGAGAUGGACAUCUGUGAUGGGCUUUUCCGCCAGAAUGGUGGCUGUGGCUACGUGCUGAAGCCAGACUUCCUACGUGAUUCCCAGAGUUCCUUCCAACCGGAGAGGCCCAUCAGCCCGUUCAAAGCCUGCACCCUCCUCAUCCAGGUGAUCAGCGGUCAACAACUCCCCAAAGUGGACAGCACCAAAGAGGCAGCCAUUGUGGACCCACUGGUGAGAGUGGAGAUCUUUGGUGUUCGCCCAGACACAGCCCGGCUGGAGACCAGCUACGUGGAAAAUAACGGCUUUAAUCCGUACUGGGGGCAGACACUGUGCUUCCAGUUGCUGGUGCCUGAGCUGGCCAUGCUGCGUUUUUUGGUGCUGGAUUACAACUGGAGAUCCAGGAAUGACUUCAUCGGUCAGUACACCUUGCCUUGGACCUGCAUGCAACAAGGUUACCGGCACAUCCACCUGCUCUCCAAGGACGGCACCAGCCUCCACCCAGCCUCCCUCUUCGUGCACAUCUGCAUGCAGGAAGGGCUGAGGGAGGAGGUUGAAUCUUAAGGUGGGCACUUCCUGGGAAGGGUGGGUGUGCUUGCUUCUGAUGGUAAGAGAAACCUGGAAGGAUGCUCCAGAAGGCAGAGGUGAUGGAAACCAAGCAGGUUGUUCGUUCCUAAGCAUAAAGUUACCUCACCCUUCCCAACAAGCAAAUCCAGGGCCUGGUUUUUCUUUCUCUUUCCUUUCUUCAUUUCCACACACUUUUGGUAUCCUUCCUGCUCUUCCCUUUUUCGUACUCUAUCCUGGAAUUCCUUCCUUCCUUUCUGUAGGCUUAGUCCCUACCCAGACCUAGGACUAAUCUCUCUUAUCAACUCUGGCUCAAAAGCAGAUUGCAACUACAAACCCAGAGGGGUUUGGGGCCAAGAAACACAAAGAGGCAUUAUCCCCUCCCCAACAACUUCCUCAAAGGUCAGAGCCAAGGAAAGGAAAAACCAAGCCUCAAGCCUCCACAAGCAAAGGCUGGGGAGAGAACUCACCCCAAGGCUGUACCGUGACUCUCAAGAAAACACUGCACAGCCGUCCAUGCUGGUCUGCUCCUUCCAACCCCACCAGUGUUAACAGAGAGCUGCUCUCCCUAA